GCAGGCAGCUCCAUCUUGGCUCAUCCGGCUUAGGAGGUCAUCUCAGUAGCUCAACAGGAACUCUCAUGCACCUCAGUCCCACGUCACUCGUCUUACCUCAGAAUCCGAGCUCUGCUCCGAGUUCUACGGCGCUCACGCCCGAAUUGAAGAGACCGCCCAAUCAGAAAUUCGUUAAACAUCUCGAGGCGAAUCUUCUCAAAAAUUCCAUCAGUGAUUCCCACUUGAAUUGUACAAAGAACAGAGAAGAACGGUACAUCAAAGUACCUAUCGGCACCGCUGUUCCACCUCCUAGACCAAAUGUACCUUGUCCAAAAAAAGACGUCCGUCACAAUCCUAGUCACAACCAUUUCCAUCAACAAAGUUCCCAACGAAACGACCAGGUUCCGAAGACUCUCGCCCCGAUCGUUUCUCAAAAUCUGCGCUCGGCGCAAGCACCUCUCCACGUGCUACCACAGACUUCAUUCAGACUCGUUUCAUCGGCGAGAAAGUGCAAAAUGGCUCCCUCGAACACCGAAGGAGCGACCGGGAGUUCCCAACGAACCUGGCUGCAUCAGGAUAACGAAAUACUUGGAAACGGAGUCAUAUACACAGUCAAGUAUGUCGGCUGCCUGGAAGUUCUGACCUCAAUGAAAAGUCUGGAUUUCGAGACGCGCACAUUGAUCGCAAAGGAAUGUAUCGUGAGAGUUUGCGAAGCAGCCGGUCUUAGGACAGUAGAUCGAAAAAGGAAAUUGGACAGACGCUUGCUUCGAGUUCUCGCAGAGAAACCUAUCAUGGAGCAUGCAGGUGCGAAUGUCUCACUGUGUAUUAGUGCUUCAGCGUUAGCAUUGACAGAUCUCGAAUCGGGCCACAUCGUAGCCACCCACGCUAUGCCAAACAUCAGUUUUGCAUCAGGUGGUGAUCAGGACACAUUGGACUUUGUGGCUUACGUCGGGAAAGACGAUUUGCACAACCGAGCUUGCUUCGUGCUCGAAUGCGAAGGAGGAUUAGCCCAGGAUGUCAUUGCCACCAUCGGGCAGGCUUUCGAAUUGAGGUUCAGAGAGUUCCUACGACGAUCUCCAGUUCCAGUACCUACGCUUCCACCAGCGAGAGAUCCUGAUUAUUAUAAUGAUUUACCUGGGAAGAUUCCCCCGGAACCCGCUCCCAAGGCCCUGCCAAAUAACAAUAAUACUACUGCUACAACACCAAAUAAUAACACCUCAGCCGCCGGCCAUGGCGGCGCUGGUGAAAACCUCAUCGAUUUAGAAAACACUGAGACAACGGUCGACCCCACCUCUGUCCAACCCAUCCACGACUAUGUAAACACCAACUUAGAUCCUUUCGAUAUGAUGCCAAUGUGUGAAGUUAUUCCUCCAACGACGCUCCCGGCUCCGUCGGCGGAAGUCCAUCCUCCGCCCGAAGUUCUGGCCGUGAUCGAGCAGCGCCUCCGGGUCGAACCGUGGUAUCAUGGCGCCAUUUCGCGAGAGGAAAGCGAAGCUCUCCUGAAGAAGGACGGCGAUUUCCUUGUGCGUGAAUCCAAGGCUCAGAAGGGAUUUGUUCUCACCGGUCUGCAAGGAGGAAGCGGGAAGCAUCUCCUCUUGAUAGAUCCCAAUGGAGUGGUCCGGACAAAGGAACGUACCUUCGAGAGCGUCUCACAUUUGAUCAAUUUCCACCGAGAUAACCAAUUGCCGAUUAUUUCCCUGGAUUCGGCACUGCUCCUCAUCAAUCCGGUUUGCAAACACUAG